GGUGUAAGUAAAAACCAACUCCAAUACAGACUUACAGAAGAGAUUCUGCAAUGGGUUUUGGGGUGUUUUUUUGUGGCAUUUAUACUGAUUUCCUUUUUCUAGUAAAAAGUAGUAACAAGACAAUUGUAAGGUGGAUUUGGUUACUCUGGGGAUAUGAACAGUAGAUACAAUUAUUAAGAAGACAAAUGAAAUCUAAAAUUUUUUCUCUGAAAGUCAGCAAAUUGAACUGCAAUUCCAAGACUCUGAUACAAGGCAAAAAGAGGAACGAAGUAUUUUCAACCAUUUUGGAUGAUGGGUGGGUGGAACUGAGCUAGGAAAAACACCUGGGACAACAUUUAGUCAUUAGUCACUCAGGAACCAUGACUGCAGCAUUCCAAAGGGAUUACAGCUGCUGCUGGUGCUUUGCUGUGGUGAAGGUGAGACUGGCAGGUGCCAGUUUGGGAUGUAGGCCAGGCUGAGAGAGGCUCUGGUGGCUCGGUGAGCACCACUGUGGGCGUGCCUUGCAGAGGUAAAGGAGGUGGUUGCAGCCAAGACAGAAAAAGUGUUCCGAGACUUAAUUACGUGUGUGAGCAGCAAGGAAGAAGAAAGGAAAUAGUCAAAUGCCAGUGGGAGCAAUGUGUAACAUCUGAGGCAAUCACUGUAAGUACUGAACGCCUGAACUUAAGAACUGGUCGAUGCGGUUUGUCACUAGGGCUGUGUGUGAAGACCGGGAAACAUCAGAGGCUUGUGGCUCUUAUGGUUUCCAAGGAAUAUGAAUUAAGGAAAAGAGAAAAAGACCAACUGAAGUAGCUCUGGACAGCAAUCAAACCCAUUUGAGGUGAUUCCCAGAACAAGCCUUGACAGCCUGAACAUCCUGGAAACUUCCAAGGGAAGGAAGGACCGCUGAAUUAUAAUGUAAGUGGAGAUGUACUGUGCCAGAUGUGCUGCUGCCUAGUGGGAAAAGCUUUGUGUUUUUCUUUGGGAUGGGGCUGGCAUGGCUCUCAUAUUAGGAAGUACUCUUAGCCUUUGUAAUAGGAAACCAAAGUUUCUCAAAAAGGUACAAAAUCAACCUUAGAAACAGCUGCUGGAGCUUAACUUUUGCUAUUUCAGUUGGUUUUUCUUUAACUUAAAAUUCAGACUAAUUUAUUUUUAAGUCUACUGAGUGCUAAAACCUGAUCAGCGGGGCUGCAGAAUCUUAAGCAGAUAAUCCUCUUCAAAACUACAUAAUUUUAUUAGUUGUACUCUUUUUCAAAGUGAUGGUACAAAACCAAAAAGAAAUAUAUUCAUAAACCUAAAAAGAAAUGUAGUCAUGGUUGUUAAAAUGGACAGGCUUAAGGUUUGUGCUGACAAAAAGUAAUCAAGGUUAUUAGUUUGUGAGUUCUUUUUGAAAUAAAACUUUUAGAGAAAUAUUAAUAUAUGGAGCUAACUUAACAGGUAAACAGACACUUGUUUCUAGUGGGAGCUUAUAAUUUUGUUUGUCAGAGGGUUUUGGAGAUAAUAUUAGUCCAAAAAAAAACCUGUCUGAUAGCAACCCACAGCUAUUGGACAAACCCAGAAGUGAUCUUAACCAACAUGGAAGUUAAGUCAUCAGGAAAUGCUCCUUUUUCCCUUCAGACAGCUUUUACAUCCCACCACACUCCCCAUUUCCUCAUCCUUAAAGAUAACUUAUUCAUGGCACACCUAUUAUCUUUGUAGGAAGUUCUUCUUGUCUUGGGAUUCAAGAGCAUGCAUUUCCUCUGAGUAAAUAAUUUUGGUAUCUCCUCCCAUAAUUACACCCACGUUGAGUAGGAACACUGGCAUUAGACAGAUACAUAUUAUAGGAACCAGUUAAUUCAUUUAACAACUUUACAGGUAUUAAUAACAACUGCUAAGUACCUCUCCCUUCUCUCAAAUUUCAGCUGACAGCACAAAAAGAUUGCUGGGUUUUUUUCUUUUUAUGAUUGAUGUGACUUGGACAUCCUUGAAGAGCAAAGUAGAAGUUGUAUGCGAUUCUCAUAAGCUGAGGGAAUGGCAGAUCUGACCCCGACACACAUCAGCUGGCAGCCGUCAGUGAACGCAGCCAACCACCACACUGACAGAUAUGCCAACACCGAGCUGACCGUCAGGCGAGGACAAGCCUUCAUUAUCACCCUGUACUUCAACAGACCGAGGCAGAAUGGGGAGAGCCUAGGAUUUGUCACUGAAAUAGGACCAUCCCCCUCGGAAUCCCAUCGCACAAGGGCAGUAUUUAACCUCUCUGAGGCGGGGGGCAGUGGCUGGAGUGCUGCCCAAGGAGCCAGCGACUCUGCAGCCAUGAACUUCACAAUAACCAGCCCGGCCAACGCCGUCAUCGGGCGAUACAACCUCACCCUCCGUGUCACCACGGGGAACAAGAUCUUCUCCAGAUACCUGGGCCAGUUUGUGUUACUCUUCAACCCUUGGUGCCCAGGUGAUGAUGUCUACAUGUCCAAUGAAAAUGAGAGACAAGAAUAUGUUCUAAAUGAAAAUGGAAUAAUCUUUGUGGGCAAUGCAAGGUACAUUGAAGCAAGAGGGUGGUAUUAUGGACAGUUCCAAGACCUUCUAAACAUCUGUCUCACCAUGCUCGAUCUGAGCCUGUACUACCGUCAGGACCCAGCCAUGGAUGUGUCACGGAGGGGAGAUCCUAAAUAUGUGGGCCGAGUAAUCAGUUCUAUGAUCAAUGGAAAUGAUAACGACAACGGAGUUCUCCUGGGGAAGUGGCAGGGGAGUUUCCACUCGCAUGAGAACCCAUCCCGCUGGGAUGGCAGCGUGGUGAUCCUCAAGAAGUGGCGCCAGGACAACUACAGACCUGUUCAGUAUGGCCAGUGCUGGGUGUUUGCAGGUGUGAUGUGCACAGUUUUGAGGUGCUUGGGGAUUCCAACUCGUUUGGUUUCAAAUUUUAACUCUGCCCAUGACGUGGAUAGAAACCUGAGUAUUGAUAAGUACUAUGACAGCUCUGGAAGGAGUCUUAAUAUCAGCAAGGAUUCCACAUGGGAUUAUCAUGUCUGGAAUGAAAGCUGGUUCAUUCGCCCAGACCUGGGAAGAUCAUACAAUGGGUGGCAGGUUUUAGAUGCAACUCCACAAGAGCAAAGCAGAGGAAUUUUUCAGUGUGGCCCUGCAUCUGUCUUAGCCAUCAAAGAAGGUGAAAUAGACCUGGAUUACGACACUUUGUUUGUGUACUCCGAGGUGAAUGCCGACUGCAACAGAUGGAUUGUAUACAAUGAUGGAACUAAGAAAAGGAUUUAUUGUGACACUGAAAUCAUUGGCAGGUCCAUCAGCACCAAAGCUGUGGGCAGCAACGGCCGUGUGGAUGUCACUGCUAACUACAAAUAUCCAGAAGGCUCUUCUGAGGAAAGACGAGUCUAUAGAAAGGCCUUGGCCAAGAUAUUGGGAACGAGUGUCACAGAAGGACGCACAGACUCUGCUGGGGGAAGAUCUUCAGAGACAAUGAGAAACCCUGGGAUUGCUGGGAAAUUCAAGCUGGCUGAACCUCCAGUUUUUGGCAAAGACAUUAACCUAAUCCUGGUCCUCAGCAACCUCUCCUCUGACCGCAAGAGCGUGAGGGUGGACAUGAGUGCCUCCACCAUCCUGUACACAAGGAGAACAGUGGCAGAGAUCCUGAAGGCAGCCACUUCUGUGGAGCUUGGUCCUAAACAAGGGAAGCAUAUCCGGGUAAAGAUCCCUUAUACUCAUUAUGGAAAAUAUCUGACUACUGACAAAAGGAUCCAAGUUACCGCUUUGUGUGAAGUCAUGCGCACACACGGGCUGAAGCUGCUGGUGGAGAAGACAAUCAUUUUAGAGGACACAAACAUCAUCAUUAAGCUGCCCCGGAGGGUCGUGGUGAACAGAGCUGUGUCUCUGGAGAUCUCCUACGCCAACCCCCUGCCGGAGCCCGUGAGCCGCUGCGUGCUGCUGGUGACUCUGAUGAACCAACAGGUCAAGAUAAAUUUGGCACCACUGGCACCGAGGGAGAGAUCAAGAAUUUAUUUUGAGUUCACACCUCGGAGGGCUGGGCCCUUACAGCUGCAAGUAGACUUCUCUUGUGACAAAUUUUCACACGUUAAGGGAUUUGUAACAAUUGCAGUAGCACCUGCAUAAUGUGAUGGAAUCAACCUUCCAUUUCAGCAUAAACACAGCAAGACACUCUCCUCUGUAUAGGGACAGUGAUGACAGAAAAGAAAUUUGCACAAAAAUUGGUGACCUCUUACAUUGCAAUAGAAUCAAAUCUGCUUCAUGGUGCUUAAUUAUUCAGUCCCUAAUUGUACUUCUCUUCCCUCCCACCCCCCCGACAAAACAAAAAAACGGAGCCCCUUCUUUGUAGAAAUAGUUUCAGGAUUUUCAAAUCCCAUUCUGUUAAGAUCCCAGUUUUGACUUUUCCCUCAGAUAAUUAAUACAAUCUCCUUUUGACCACAUUCUAAUUGUCAGCAAUAAAUAAAAAUCAUUCUCAACUGUAUUGUUUUAAAAUGAUUUAUACAUUCCAUGGGGGUAUUACAAGAAAUCACAAGACUGAGGAAAAGGUUAUUUUUUUUUUCAUUUCACAAGCCACUAACCUAGAAGAGCAGAACAUUUCCUCCAUUGUU